AUGACAUCAUCGACUGCAAAUCUGUCUCAAUUGCAAAAAAUGGAUAAUACACGUGUAUUAUCUAAUUUAGUAUCGUCAACAAUAAUAAAUCCAUUAACAACAAAUUCAGAUCCGUUAUCAAUUAUUGCUCAAUCACUUCCUGCAUCUCUUGCUGCUCCAAGUGGAUGGCAAAGUGAAAUUAUUCAUUCAAAAUCGCCUAUAUCAAUUGAUAAUAAAAUCAAUCAAAUUCAUAUAAGUAAUAGUCCUUUUAGUAAUUCUGCACAAGGUUAUUAUACAGCAAAUACAAAUAAUACUCCUAUUAAUGAUCUUGAACAAGACUUUUAUACAACAGAUAAAGCUAAUAUUCUUGUUAAUAAUUAUCAAGAAACCUGUGAUACAAAUACUAUUACUGAAAUACCAAUAAACAUUACACCUAAUAAACAUGAAUAUACAAAUUUUUCAAUAAUUAAUAAUGCAAUAAAUCAACCACAAACAAUAUUAACUGAACAACAAAAACAACAUAUAAUACAAAAUGUUGAAUUACAAGAAAAACCACCAAUUAUUAUUCGUAGAAAACUUCAAAAUCCUGUUACAUAUAAACAAAAUAUUUCUGUACGAUAUUUAAAACCGCCUACACCACCACCAGCGGGACCACUUAUUAUUCGUGAAAUUCGUCCUCCACCACCUCCUCCACUAUCACCAAUUCAAAUUCGACAGCGUCCUCCACCACCUCCUUCACCAUCACCAAUAAUACUUCGAGAACGACCUCCUUCAAUUCCACCACGACUUUCUGAAACAGUUAUUGAAAAAGUAUUACCUCCUCCACCGCGACCACCACGUCGUGUUGUUGUCGAACGCUUUGGACCAUGUCCACCUAAACCAUCGGAUGUUAUUAUUGAACGUUGGUUACCUUAUAAACAAAGUAAUCAACGACCUAUUUUUAUUGAACGAGCACCACCACCUUGCAUGCAACCACAAGAACCAAAUCUACUUGUUUUACAUGAUUCUCCUUCUGCAUGUAUUCGUAAAGAAUUUAUAAAUGACGGAAUUGUUCGAGCUGAUCCUUAUUCUUAUAUUCAACGAUAUGGUGCUGAGCUUAAUGCAUCGUACACAAAUCCACGAUUUUCAUAUCUAGUUAAUGAAGCAACUCGCGCUGUUCCACCACCACCAGUCACAUCUAUUGAUCAUCGUUAUCAAUAUGAUGGCUACGAUCGCUAUUAUGAUAAAUAUCAACGUGUUCCAUCUCCUCACAUAAUCAAUACAUGGGAAAGAACGAGAUAUGAACCCUCAAUUACUCGUUCUUCAUCUUAUCGUUAUGAUUACUCAGACUAUGAUGAUUCACCUUAUAAAUAUUGCACACAAUCCUCACGUAGAUACGGACCUGAUCCUUGUCGUUAUUAUGAUGAUUAUUGUGAACGUCGAGGAAGUUAUGUAACAAUGACAGAUGUAACACCUUCAUGGAAUCGUUAUUGUAAUUCAUCACCUUAUGAUCCAUGCUUAUCAUCUUAUGAUCGAUAUGCAUCAUGCUAUGAUCCAUGUCGACCAUCUUAUUAUCGUUCUUCAUUAUGUUAUGAUCCUUGCUCAUCAUAUUGUCCUCCUAAAACAAUUCGUGUUUGUUCUGAUAAUGAACUUCGUGAUGUUCUAUGCAAUCUAACCAAUGGUCGUGUACCACCUGAACUUCGUUCAUAUUAA